UUAACUUUUGGUCAGGCUCGGUUAGGUUCCUGCUGCAAUGCUUUUAGAACUGAAACUGAGCAUUCGCCGGAGAUAACUAUCACCACCACAUAGAGCUAUAUCAAUGGCGGAACCUAGGAAGCUGAGAGGCCACAAAGCGACCGCCACGUGUUGUAUAGCUUCUCGUGACCGGCCUGGACUUGUUGUCACUUCCGGCGAGGAUGGUUGCAUUUGCUGGUUUGAUUUGCGAUGUAAAGAUGUCCAGUUCACCAUUGACGUCGGGACAGAACCAGUUCCAUCUCUUUGUUUCAAGACGGGUAACGAGGACGUUCUCUAUGCUUCUCAUGGAAACGAAAUCAAGUCUUUCGAUGUUCAUACGCUAAGUGCUGGUUCUUGGAAGCCAUUAGAGAGUUACAGUUACAACAAAGAUGAAGUUAACCAGGUAGUAUGCAACGGAAGAUCAUCUUUUCUUGCUUCUGCUGAUGAUUCUGGUGAUGUCAAGAUUAUCGACCUUGGUCAGAAGUGUCUUUAUAAGACCCUUAGAGCUGGUCAUACAAGCAUAUGCAGUUCUGUGCAGUUCAUUCCAUGGAGACCUUGGGAAGUUAUUACCGGUGGACUUGAUUCAAAGCUUGUUUUGUGGGAUUUCUCAAAAGGUCGCUCGCAAAAGAUUAUAGACUUCAGCUCUGAUACACAGAGUAGUAGCUCAGGACAAUGUUUAAACCCUGCGUUUGUUCACUCGAUAGCAGUUCCGGAAAUGGACAUGGUUGAUAAGUUAGGCAAGAUAUGCGCUGUUGCUAGAGGUGAUGGGAUUGUCGAUUUGAUCAAUGUGGAAUCAGAGCUUUCGAGAAAAGGAGCAUCGAAAGGAAGCAGCAGCAGCAGCAAUGUGGUGGUCAAAAGGGUUUGUUUAGAUUACUCUGUUGGUGGACACAAGGCUGCUGUUUCUUGUGUAGCGUUUUCUCAGUUUCAGGGAAAAGGUGGAUUCUUGAUCUCAGGUGGUAAUGAUAAGACAGUUAAAAUCUGGGAUUGCGUUAGAUGUCUUGAUUCAGACAAGAGUAACGAUAACAGAGAUCUCCUCCUCCAUUUGAAUAUUGACCUGAACAAGAAGGUGAAUUGGCUAUGCACGAAUCAGUCUGAUUCUGAGAAUCUUGUGGUCUGUGAUACAACAAGAGUAGUCAAGGUUUACUCAAUCUCUUGAGUCUUUGACUUUAUUGGCUCUUACUGUUCACUUUGUUACUAGGCUUUAUAGGGCCCUCUAUGAAUAGACUCAAGUGGUUGCUUGAUCCACAAGUUUGUUAUUUUGUUACUUAAAACUGGUAAAAGUUUUACUCUACUAUGCUGUAGUAUGAGUAUAUAAGCAUCACAAGACUUCUUCA